ACUUUUUUCUCGCGGCAUCAAAGUCGCCGACGGACCUGAUCAACGGCAUCACAUCCACGCCCUUCUCCCACCCCGAUCUCGCGACAAUUGGCAGAAUUACGGGGGGCGAGAGGCUGGGCUGACGGCAGGCCACCAUGUUGGGCGACAGCUCAUGAGAGUCCCCAGCCGAAUUGACGGGUCGAUAUGCGGCGCGAUCCUCUUUCUGCACCGCCCGUCGCUGUCGUCGAAUCGGUCUGCCGCCACGUCUAUUCCAGGCUGCCUUCAUAGCCCCGGCGGAGGGCCUGUGCAGAGCUCCCACGGCGCCUGCGCUGUCGGACGACAAACCGUCUGCAACAGCUCCGACACUGCGACGUCCAGACCGAGAUUAGCGGCGCCUCAGCGGCGCCCGCUACUGUCCCUUCCGGUCCUUCGGAUUUCCCACACCCGCUUUGGCAGCUCUUCCGGGCCCUCCAUCCCCGCUAUUCGUUCUAACCAUUCGGUCGCUGUUGCCGAAUCAUCUCCCGUCCAUGAUCUCGACAACUAUGACAUUCCGGACGACGCGCCUCUGGGGACUCCAGACCCACGGUCUCCCCGCCCACCCAAACGACGGCCCAGCUUCUCCAAAAAAGAGCUGCUUGCUCUCCUCGACUACUACGAUGGUGAAGAGAUUGGCGCCGUCGAGGAUUACCUCGAGUAUCUCCGCGACCCCUACAUGCGUGGCUAUGCCCAGCCCAACACCCAGAAGAUUGCGUUUGCCCGUACCGCCGAGGACUUUGAGUACCCAUCCAUGGAACAGGUGAUCCAGGCUGGCGAAGAGGAGAAAGGGACCCUCUGGGAACUCCGCUUCGCCGUGCUCACGCGCCUCAGGACGCCUCACAAGGUCAGCCUCGACCACAUCUACGAGCUCUACCAGCGCCUCCCGGAGCCGCGCAUGCUCUACCUCCACUCUCGCUUUCGCCAUCAGCUGCUGCGCACCCUCGGCCAACCAGAUGAGCGGGACUCAGGGUCGAUGCUGCGGUACUUCGAGGUGAUUGCCGACGUCAAAAACACAGGCAUACCCUUGACAACAGCCGAGUGGAACUGCGCCAUCGCCUUCGCCAGCAAAUAUGUAGGCACCGUCUCCGAGACCGAGGUCGAGGCGGCCUUGAAAUUGUGGCGCGAGAUGGAGUGUGACGCCGGUAUCAAGGCCACCAACGUGACCUUCAACAUCCUCUUCGACGUUGCUUGCAAGGCCGGUAACUUUGCCCUGGCCGAGAUGAUCUACCGCGAAAUGGAGUCGCGCGGCCACUACUACAACCGCUACCACUACACCAGCCUGAUCCACUUCUUCGGCCUCAAGCAUGAGACGGGCGGCAUGCGUGCCGCCUACAAGGAGAUGGUCGAAGCCGGCGAGAUGAUCGACACGGUCGUGCUGAACGCCAUGAUCAGCGGCCUGCUGCGGUCGGGCGAGGAAGCGCCGGCCGAGCGGCUCUACGAGCGCAUGAAAACCGCCACGCUGAGCGAAGACAGCAACGCCGCCACGACCGUCCCCGUGCGCACCCCGACCUCGGACCGCGCCAUCACGCAGGCACUGCUCAUGUUCGCCAAGAUUGCCCGCCGCCACCCGCGCUCGCGGGCCGCGCUGCAGCGCAUGACGCUCCUUGCCCCGGACCUGCAGACGUACCGCAUCCUGGUCAACCACUACGGCGUCAAGCGCGGUGAUUUGGCAAAAGUGGCCGGCUACAUCGACGAGAUGAAGUUCUUCAAAAUCCCGCUGCACCACGCCAUCUUCCUGGCCCUGUUCAAGGGCUUCGCCCACCAUGGCGGGUAUGAGCGCUCCGCCUGGAGCGAGCGCCGCCUGACUGGGAUCUGGAACGCCCUGCUGGACGCCCUCGACUCGGGAACGCCCGGGCUGGAAGUCAAGACGUGGCUGGCCGUGUGGGCGCUCCGGGCGUUUGCGAAAUGCUCGACCAGGGAGAGGGUGUUGGAUGUGUAUGACGCGCUCAAGGCGAGGUGGAGCCUGGGUCCUGUUGAUGAGCAGUUCAUGAUUGAUUUUUUGAGUAGUCUCGUUAAUAAAUAGAGGGACAAAGCAUGACCAGGGUCUAAGGGUCUUGAACCGUGUACGUACAUUAAGGUGGUCGCCAUGGUCCGGGCUGGGAUCUGCGGUGAACUUGUACAAUAGCGUCUAAUAUCCUUGCAUAUAUGAGUGUACCAUGGGUGGCGGCUGAAGACUGGAGCCGCGAGAGUAGAACUGAUGAGAAAGACGAUACGCUGGACGGUUUCCGCUGUCCCGUCAUCGACCGUUGCUUGACCUGUUACCGGCUUGUCUGCCAGAUCUUGAACAAAAUUUCCAACAAGGUCUGCUUUUGGACUCGUAAUGUUCGGUGGGGUUCGUUAUUCCUCCACACAUCGAACAUGCGAUGACGA